AUGUACGACUACUCCCCCUCCCCCUCUUCGGCCUCCCAACCGCCCUCCCCACACAAGCCACAUCACCUUCAACCACACCGUUCCCAUUCUCCAAUGUCACAUAUUUCAACCCUCCUCCCCCACAACCACCACCAGUCCCAGUACUCCCCCGCCACUCGCGCCGCCGACAUCUCUCGCCUCCUCGACCCCGUCUACGCCAGCGGCUCAUCGUCCUCUGGCUCAUCGACGUACCCCAGUGCGCCACAUCACAACAAACGCGGCCAGACGCGCGCAUACGUCGACCGCAACGGUGACCUCCACGACCCUGACUAUCGCGACUUUCCAGUGUACGCGCCCAGCGCUCGCACCACCGCUGGUCGGCGGCGGCGCGCGAGCAACGGCAUGCCCCGCUCGCGUAGUCACAGUCGCCAACGUGACCGUUACCCCAGCUACUCCAUGGCGCGCCCAGAGUGGGAGCGUGACUGGUCGACAGAGGUGGAAGACGAAGAGGAGGACGACCUGGUGGACGAUGACUCCGAGUCGCAGUCACAUUAUUCCCCGUUCGCGUCGCACGCCGUGCCGCGCCGCAGUUCAACCGUCCACUCUGCGUCCGCGUAUGUUCCCUACACGAGCUACUCGCCGUACUACAGCGAGCCUCAGCCCCUCGCGUCAUCUCCCGUAGGCUCGUACGAGGAGGAUCAAUCUCCCCAGCUCUGCGACUCGCCCCUUCAGGAGUCUCCUUUCUUGUCUGAUGAGAUGGACUCGUCGCCACACGCCGACCGCAAGAAGUCUCGUCGGGCGAGUGGCCACAGCAACAUCCUCCGACGAACCUCCAAAAAACACGAAUCGUCGGCGAGGUCGUCAGGCUUCGAUGGUGAUUCUGAGAAGUCGGGCGACGGGCGGUCGCCACAGCAACAAUUCUCAGUCGCCGGUGACCAUUCUGACAAUGUACCCUCGUGUAGUGCCUCGUUGCGCCAGCAAUGGGCAGCAACUGUCCUGUACAUUCGAUUUGGUCUGUUUCAUGCCAAGCAGCGCCUGCGACGGCGUUCAGAUGCAUCAUAA